AUGGAAGGAAGCUCGAAAUCAAAAGUUCCCGAUGGACAUUCAGUGGUAAAAAGAUUGCAAAGCGAGCUGGUUCAGUUGAUGAUGGCGCCAUCGCCCGGACUUAGCGCUUUUCCAGAGAGCGAGGAGGACUUGACGAAGUGGUGUGGCAUCAUUACGGGUCCUGAUGGUACGCCAUACGAGGGGAUGCGGUUCAGAAUCGCUUUGGAGUUCGCCCCGACAUAUCCUUAUACUGCGCCAAAAGUACAGUUUGUGAGCCCCAUGUGGCACCCAAAUGUGGAUAUGAGUGGAAAUAUUUGUCUAGACAUUUUGAAAGACCAGUGGUCUGCAGUGUACAAUGUGCAGACAAUUCUUUUGUCGUUACAAUCACUGCUGGAGGAGCCAAAUAACAGCUCGCCCCUCAACGCGGUGGCAGCUGAACUGUGGGACAAUGAUAUGCAUGAAUAUAAAAAAAAUUGA